CUCUCUGUCUGUUCACACCUCAGCCGUCAGGAGUGGGAGGUGGCGUGGGGCUGUGUGCCCACAGAGCAACAGGACACGGGACGUGACCUCACAACAGCAGCAGGAGAGUGAAGGUGCACAAGACGCUCGAAAAUGGCUGCAGUGGUGGCCACGUUCACACCUGCCAACCUCACCUCCAACCAGAGCAGCUGCAACGUGCACAACCAUUACUUCUCCGCCAAGGUCACCUUCUCCCUCUUCUACACUGCCCUGCUGGUGUUCGGCGCCUGCGGCAACAUCCUUGCCCUCUGCAUCACCUUCCAGCGCAGGAAGAAGAAACUCAACUCCACUGACCUCUACCUGGUGAACCUAGCUCUGUCCGACGCCCUCUUCACACUGGCGCUGCCUGGCAGGAUCGCCUACUAUGUCCUGGAGUUUAACUGGCCCUUCGGGGACUGGUUCUGCCGGCUGACCGCCUUUGUUUUCUACAUGAACACCUAUGUGAGCAUCUACUUCAUGACCUGCGUCAGCGUGGACCGCUACGUCGCUGUGGUGCGCACCAGGCACCCUGGCAGGACCCGCAGGGUCAGCCGUGCCAGGGCUGUCUGCGCCCUCGUCUGGUUCCUGGUGUUCCUGCAGACAGCACCGCUGCUGCUGCGGCCCAUGACGCGCCAGAUGGGCGACAAGUUGACAUGCAUGGAGUACUUCAACUUCGAGGAGAUUCCCAAGCUGCCCUACCUGCUCCUGGUGGCUUGUGUGCUCGGCUUCUUCCUGCCUGUGGGCAUCAUCUUGGCGUGCUACGUGCAGAUCAACCUCAAGCUCUGCCAGACCGCCAAGGAGAACCCACUGACAGUAAGGAAUGGGCACCACCGCCGGGCCUUCACAGUCAUCUUGGUGGUGCUGCUGGCCCUCCUGCUUUGCUUCAGCCCCUACCACAUCAACAUCGUCCAGUUCAUGGUCAGGAAGAUCCUCCACCAGCCAUCUUGCCGUGAGCAGCAGGCCUUCAAGAUGUCCCUGCAAGUCACCGUGGCAUUCAUGAACUUCAACUGCUGCAUCGACCCCAUCAUCUACUUCUUUGCCUUCCGAGGCUAUAAGAGGAGGCUCCUCCGCAUCUUCAGGAACAGCGGCUCCAUGGCUACCUCCUCCACUGCCAAGACCCCUUCUGAGAGCAACAGCAACAGCCAGCCGCCCGGCUCCAGCUCUGUCUAACAGCAUGACCCUCCUGUUCUCUCCACCUGGCAGCGCGUGGACCAUUCCCUGCAGCAGCAGUGGGGCCGGGCUGCAGAGCAGGAUCAGACCCCACCGCUCUCUGCCUGGAACCAGGGGCUCUUGCACAUCCAACACAGCACCAACCCAGCUGCUGCCUGCACCUCCUUCCCUGCAGGGAUGAAGAGCAGCUUGCUGCCGUCCCUCCACCACGCACUGCAUGGGAUGGGUGGCAAGUGGGCACUGUGUGUGCAAAUCCUGGUCCCCUUUAUGGCACUCAGAGGAGGCACACGGUUCCCUGCAAUGUUCCCUAGGAAAUCUUCAUCCCACCCUCCCCAUAAAGGGUACUGAUGAUGCUCUUGCACCGCCUCAUCUGACCUUCCCUUGAACCUGAGGACCUGGGACAUGAGCCAGACCAGGCUGCUCCUGGGGCCUUGCUAAGGGCCGGUCAUACAUGACCCUCACCAGAGCCCUGAGGCAUCUGGUUCCCAUCAAAACCUGUGCAGCAAUGAGAACGUUGGUGUGACCAAGGAGCUCCACAGCUCCACUCUGAAGCUGCUGGACUACAGGGCUGGCACAAGCGAACCAGAUUUCAUGGUGCCUGAUCUUGUACUGGAGGCUGGAAGGGACAGACAGAUGCACAGAGAUAUGAAGAGGAGGAAAAACAGCUUUCUUUUGCUUAACUUUAAAGCAGUUCCAUUAAUGACACUUCUGAUUAACAGAAUUCGUUCUUGAAGGCAGUAACAUUUCUUGCUUGAAGGCUAAUAAUACAGGUGUGUGCAGCCCUUUAAGUGUGCAUGAGUUAUCUUUUGGAUGACAACAGCUUCACCUGACACAGGUGACUUCAGGGAUGUACCUGAGGUUGGAAGGACCUCCAGCAGAGCCCUGCAGGGUACUCGACACCCAGCAGUCUAACCUCGGUGCUGGCCUGAAGGGAGCCUGUGUUCCAAAAAGCACAUUACAAUGGUCAUGGAAGAGCUUGUAGGCAGUAACUGAGGGGUAUUUGUGGUCUGAGCACUGUGAAGGAGCCCAGUGUGGACCCCCAGCACGCAGCCUGCUGGGAGCCAGGCCACCAUGCACAUGAGGUUGGUGGCUGUGGGUUUGUCCAGUAGAGGAUCAGGGGUUGCAAGGAGGGGCUCCCUAGCAGAGGUGUUACUCCACUCUGUCCUUCCUAUGGAGGCACUCCUGGUGCUCUGCUCCACAGCUGGUACAGAAGUGUGAAAAUGGGGCAUUUCACCACAGUGAGACGAUCACAGAACCUCCCCCAUGGGCACAGAGCACUUUCUCUACAUUUCAUUCAUUGCAUAAUGCUCACCUCAGACAGCACGUUUGUGUGGCAGCAGAUAUGCGUGUUUCCUGCCACUCACCUCACUCGUGUGUGAACUCACUGAGAACAUUUCAUCCCUCCUCUUAUCAGCUCCUAUCGGUAACUGCAUUGCUGCAUCUUUUGCUCCCUUCCUGACAUCCUUCUUGGUGCAAAAGUGCCUGCACCCAGCACCACGCUGCUGCCAUCAGAUGAGGGAUGCCUGCAGUUGCAGGCACCUGCCAAGAUAACAUCAGGGGAGUGGCCACACUGCUGAUAUGCUCAUGUCAUCUCUCUCUUGUUCCUCUGACCCCCAUCUCACUCAUGUCUUCAUUAAACUUAAAUGCCAGGUUCAUUGCUUACAUUUUUCUGGACAGAAGGCCAGAUGCUGCCUUCAGUUCAGCCAUGCAGCCCCUGUCCCCGCUACCACUCCCUGCCUCAUGAUUGGGCCGAUAACACCCAGUGGUGCACACUCUCUUGAAUUUCAAAGUAGAGCUGAGUGCCCUUUCUGCAGCCAAGGCCCCUCUUCCGAGCACAGGAGGAACAGAAUACCAUGAAGUGUUAAACCAAGCACUGUAUGUUUUAUAGAAACCCAUACAUGCAUACAAUAAAAUAGGUGUGCGUAUGCAUAUAUAUGUACACACAUACAGUGCUUGUGUGCUCACAUGCCUCUCCUAAUAAAACAGUGUUUAUGCUCCUUUAUAUAAAACUCAUUUCUAUGACUGCUUGCUUAAAGAAAGUCAAUCUCAUUUAGAACACGUACACAUACAAGAAAUAAAAUGAAUCCAUUCUAUGAUACUACCUUGCACCACACUUGCUUGCUUGGUUCUCAUUUCAGACAGAAGCCACGAGAUGUCCAUCACAGGCUUCUGGCUCACACAGGAGGUAGCAGCCCUUGGUGCCCACCUGCCCAUCUCAGCAGCAGGUGGUCUCUGCUACGGGAAAGGGAAAAGUUUGGGUGAGGUAGAGCCCAAACACUGCAUCUCAGCACAGAGCUCAGGCUUGAGAACUGCUCACCAGGCAGUUUUCCACAAACACAAACAACUGUGGGUGCAUUUCCAAGCCCCACAGCUAUCUAGGAAAGUCCCCUGUAAAUUACUGCGAUGUUGUCUCAUAGUGACAUUCCCAGGCUGUUAGAGAAGUCUGAAAAGCAGCUACUGUUACCUGGGGACUUAAAAUCCUCUCCAUAGAAAAGCAUGCUGCGUUAUCUCCCUGCCCAAACAUACCUUUGCGUCACUCCUCAAAAAGGAACUGCACAGUGACAUUUAAAGCUGCACUGGGCAUGCACUGAGAAGGCUGGAAGGACCACGCUCCUCAUGCUCACAGCUGUGUCACAAUCAAGAGGAGACUGAGGUCUUCCACAGCUCUGGUGCUUUCUUGUAGGAAAGAGGAACUCUGCUCAGCAGCACCAGGGACCCCUCCUUUCACCACUUCUUUUUUUUUUCUUUUUUCCUCCUGAUUGUAAAUCACAACCCUGGGAGCAUUCUGAGCAAGAAACUCUUCUACAGAAAUCAGGUUUCCAGCUGACAUCACUGAGACCUGAACUUCACCCCUCAUGUUUGACUAUGUGUUGUGAAAUGGGGCUUUCCAAAGUGUGGCCUUCGGAUGCUCUCUGUAUAGAUAACAGCAGUCAAGGUCUGAGAUUUGGAAAAUAUCCACCAGUGUGCCCAGGAUGCUUCUUUUAUGCUUUAAAAUUCCAUGGAAAAAAUGCUCAUUGUGCCUGUCCUCAGAACAGGGCAUGUGUCCAUGUGUUCUGUUCAGCCCACCAGGG